CGCUGUUUCUUCGUCGAUUCUCUGUUUCCGUCUCUCACUCACUCACUCGUAAAGCUUCUUCCGUUUUCAAUUCAAAGUGGAUUAUGAGGGACCUCGAAAAGCCAUUUUCUCUUUCCCUUUGUCUCUGUCUCUAACUUGAUUCAACGCUCCCAAGUUCUCUUCUUUAGCUUCCUUAACUUGGUGGUUUGUGAAAUAAUGGAAGCACUUGUAGUUGAUGCUGGCUCCAAGCUCCUCAAAGCGGGAGCAGCGAUUCCUGAUCAGUCUCCUGCAAUGAUAAUUCCAUCUCAGAUGAAACGAAUGGUUGAUAAUGGUGAUGUGUCUUCUUCAGCUGUCACUGUUCUUGAAGAUGUCACUCUUGACCCUAUUGAAAGAGGGUUCAUUAGAGACUGGGAUGCUAUGGAGGAUCUGUUGCGUUACGUUGUGUACACUGGGCUUGGAUGGGGGGAGGGUAACGAAGGCAACAUACUCUUCACUGAUCCUCUCUACACUCCUAAGGCUAUUAGGGAGCAGUUGGUGCAGUUGAUGUUUGAAACGUUCAAUGUUUCUGGAUUCUAUGCAUCAGAGCAAGCAGUAUUGUCUCUUUAUGGUGCUGGGAGGAUCUCCGGUUGCACUGUUGAUAUUGGUCAUGGGAAGAUAGAUAUUGCCCCAGUUCUUGAAGGUGCUGUGCAGCACAUUGCCUCGAAACGCUUUGAGCUCGGUGGAACCGAUCUUACCAAACUAUUUGCGCAAGAGCUUGGAAAGUCCAACCCUUUGGUGAAUCUAAGCAUGUCUGAUGUUGAAACACUAAAAGAACAGUAUGCAAGCUGUGCCGAGGACGAGAUUGCUUACGAGAAAACCCAAAACUGUGAGAUCGAGCUGCAUACGCUUCCUGAUGGACAGGUGAUAAGCAUUGGGAGAGAGAGAUUCUCUGUUGGUGAAGCUCUGUUUCAGCCAUCAAUAUUGGGACUUGAAGAGCAUGGAAUAGUUGAGCAGCUUGUCCGGAUUAUAUCCACAGUAUCAUCUGAGAACCAUACGCAACUCUUGGAGAACACUGUGCUUUGUGGUGGCACAACCUCCAUGACAGGAUUCGAAGGCAGGUUUCAGAAAGAGGCAAACUUGUGCUCAUCAGCCAUUAGGCCAAUGCUGGUGAAACCGCCAGAGUAUAUGCCUGAGAGUUUGGGAUUGUACUCAGCUUGGGUGGGAGGAGCAAUACUAGCCAAGGUGGUGUUUCCACAGAAUCAGCAUGUUACUAAAGCUGACUACGACGAGACUGGACCAUCCGUGGUUCACCGGAAAUGUUUCUGAUCCUAAACGGACCAAACCGUUGUUGUAGUUGAGGAUUGAUUUUGCAUUUGUUGUGGUUAGGAACACUAAUAAUUUGGACAGCUCCCACUCAAUCUAUGUACGUUUAAGCAGCUUACAAGAUUUAAACACUCCGA